UUCAUUUUAAAAGGUGAAUACGUGUUUUAAGCUGGAGUCAGUGUACCAGCUGCUUGGAUUAUGUUAAUGUAAGAAACUAUUUUCCAUCAGGUUUAUUGUAAUGGUUGAUAGCCCUGAUCAUGCGUUUGAGGUGAUUAUUGUUGCCAGAUUAUUAUAUUCUUUUUUCCCUGUAUAUUCAUAAAACCCUUAAUAGUAUUACACGGAUGGGAGAGAGAUAGAGAGAGUCUAGUUAAGAAAGUAUUUAUUUGUUCAGAAAAAAAGGAAAGGGGAGAGGGCCGACAAUAACUGUCAGGUCUGUAGGGAUGGUCCUGAUGGUAAUGGAUCAAAAUUUGUCUUAUUGGGGAGGGGGGCCCACCAAGAUAUUCUUGAACAUAGGCUCACUGGUACCUUGCUACACCACUGUCUUCCAGGGAACAGUCUAAUAGUCUGCAAAAAUACAUCCUGCAAAAAAAAUAAAUAAAAUAAACAAACAAACUCUCUGGCCAGAAGAUACAGAAAAUGAUAUGUACUGUAUACACAUCUCAACAACUAGAAGACAAAAAAAAUACUUUGUUCUGCUAAAUUGUGAACACUGAGAGAUAGAAUAGUAUGCUAACUAUGACAGAGGCAUUUUUUAAAUUAGAUACUUUAAGUCUUACAGAGCAACUAAUAUGCAUAGUCAAAUGCAUUCAUGGCAUAGCCAUUCAAUUAGAAUAAUACCAUAACUAGACUCUGUUUUUCAGCAGGAUAGUGACAUAAAAAUUAAAAAAAACAGUUGUUAAAAGAAAUAUUUUUUUAAACAGAAAUCUGAAUAACAAACUUCUUCAUUAUCAAAUAUGGCAAUGGAUAUUCUUGGUCUUAUGUAAUAAAAAUUAAACAAUAAACCAAGUAUCUAAUUUUAAUAAAUCAGCCACCUGAAAAAAUAUAGCCUCUCAUUAUCUAUUUUGAUUUUAUAAUACAAUUCAAAUUCCAUUGACAAAGGCUUCUAAAGAACUAACUCACUCAAUAUUAUGAUGGAAGACAAGGUACAAGACUUAACUAAUGAUCUCAGAAAGGCCAUGAAAAUUGAGAAUAUAGAAUGGUCAGAGACACCAGAGAACAGCUUCACUCGUCAAACCUUUGAAUCAAUUUUAGCAGAUGAAACACAGAAUACAGAAGAAAAAAUUAACUGGAUAUCAAUGAUGGAUGAUACGGAACAAGACUUUACUAAUGACCUCAGAAAUAUGAUGAAAAUUGAGACAUUAGAAUGGUCACUAGAUGCAGAGAUGCCAGAAAACAGCUCAUGUGGUCAAAUCUAUGAUUUAAUUUUAGCAGAAAAAAGACAGCAAGAUAUAGUGAAACAGAAGAAAGAAUUGACUUUAAACCAAGAUAUGUUUGCUGGAAACACUAUUAACAAAGAUAUGCUUGCUGGAAACACUCUUAACAAUGAUAUGCUUGCUGGAAACACUCUUAACAAAGAUAUGCUUGCUGGAAAUACUCCUAUCAAAGAUAUGCUUGCUGGAAACACUUCUAGCGAAGAUAUGCUUGCUGGAAACACUCCUAAUAAAGAUAUGUUUACUGAAAAAACUCCUAACAAAGAUAUGCUUGCUGGAAACACUCUUAACAAAGAUAUGCUUGCUGGAAACACUCCUAACAAAGAUAUGCUUGCUGGAAACACUCCUAGCAAAGAUAUGCUUGCUGGAAACACUCUUAACAAAGAUAUGCUUGCUGGAAACACUCCUAACAAAGAUAUGCUUGCUGGAAACACUCUUAACAAAGAUAUGCUUGCUGGAAACACUCCUAACAAAGAUAUGCUUGCUGGAAACACUCCUAACAAAGAUAUGCUUGCUGCAAACACUCCUAACAAAGAUUUGUUUGCAGGAAACACUCCUAACAAAGAAUUGUUUGCAGGAAACACUCCUAACAAACAUAUAUUUUGUGGAAACACUCCUAACAAAGAUAUGCUUGCUGAAAACUUUAUAUACCAUUGCAAUGAUUAUAGAUUAGAGAACAUUAAAUGUCUACAUGCUAUUAGAAAAACAUUUAAGUGUGAUCUUUGUCAAAAAAAAAUGUUAAAAACAUUUUCCUUAAAAAUUCACCUUGCAAAUCAUUGUGGCAUAAAACUAUUCAAAUGUCAAAUUUGUCAGAAAGAGUACAAUCACCCUAGUAGCUUAAAAUGCCAUGAGAUGACACAUUUUAGAGAAAAGUCAUUUAAAUGUUACUUUUGUCUGAAACAAUUCACUGAACUUUCAAAGUUAAAAUGCCAUGAGAUGAUUCAUUCUGGUAAAAAGCCACUUAAAUGCAACAUUAGUCAAAAGGAAUUUCUUUACUCUUCAAGCAUCAAAGGCCGUGAGAUGACUCAUUGCACAGAAAAAUCAUUUAGAUGUACAAUUUGUCAGAAAGAAUUCAUUCAGUUCUCAUACUUAAAAUGCCAUGAAAAGAUUCAUUUUGAAAAAAAACUUUUCAAGUGUGACAUGUGUCAAAAACAAAUGAAGAGUAAAUCAAGCUUAAAAACUCACCUGGCAAUUCAUUGUGGGCUAAAACUAUUCAAAUGUAAUAAAUGUCAGAAAACAUUUGGUCGUGCCUCAACUUUAAAAAGACAUGAGCUAAUUCAUUCUGGUCAAAAGUCAUUUAAAUGCAACUUUUGUCUGAAAGAAUUCAAUCAACUAUUAAACUUAAAAACCCAUAUGAGGACUCAUACUGGGAAAAAAAUAUUUGAAUGUGACAUUUGUCUGAAAGAAUUUAGUCAUCUUUCAAGCUUAAAACGUCAUAAGAUGAUUCAUCCCUUUUCGAAAAAGCUGUUUAAAUGUAACUUUUGUAAGAAAGAAUUUAUUGAUUCUUCAGAAUUUAUGCACCAUGAGUUGAUUCAUUCUGAGAAAAAGAAAAAAAAAUUUCAAUGUAAAAUUUGUCAGAAAAUAUUCAAUGACCAAUCCAAUUUCAGACGCCAUGAGAAGAUUCAUUCUGGGGAAAAAAAAUUUAAAUGUAACUUUUGUGAGAAAUUAUUCAUUGAUUCUUCAAAAUUAAAGCAGCAUUUUAAGAUUCAUUUUAAUAUAAAGUCAUUUAAAUGCAACUUUUGUCAGAAAGAAUUCAAUCUAGCAUCAAACUUAAAAACCCAUAUGAGGAUUCAUACUGGGAAAAAAAUAUUUGAAUGUGACUUUUGUCUGAAAGAAUUUAGUCGUCUUUCAGACUUAAAACGUCAUAAAAUGAUUCAUUGUGAUAUAAAACAAUUUCAAUGUAAAAUUUGUCAAAAAGAAUUCAAUAACUCAUCAAAUUUCAGACGCCAUCAGAUGAGAAAAAGCCAUUUCAAUGUAACAUUGUAAGAAAGAAUAUAUUGAUUCUUCAAAAUUAAUACGCCAUGAGAAGAUUCAUUCUGAUAAAAAGCAAUUUCAAUGUAAAAUUUGUCAGAAAGAAUUCAAUGACUUAUCCAAUUCCAUGAGAUGAUUCACUUUGUGAAAAAGCCAUUUAACUGUCCAAUUUGUUGGAAAGAAUUCAUUCAUCUCACAAGCUUAAAACGCCUUGAGAAGAUUCAUUUAAAGAAAAAGUCAUUUGAAUGUAACUUUUGUCAGAAAGAGUUUCUUUAUUCCUCAAGUUUAAAGCGCCAUGAGAUUAUUCAUUCUGAUAAAAAAAACAUUUAAAUGUAGCUUUUGUGAGAAAAGAAUGGGAUCAAUCAUCUGUCUUAAAACUCCUUGAAGUUAAAUAUUUCUAUAUCUCAUUUUUUUUUAGAAAGAGUUAAGUCAUUUCUCAGGCCUUGUAUGUCAAAAGAUUCAUUCUUAGAAAAAUUGACUUAAUUAUCUUAUCUUAUAUUAUACAGACAUUACUUCAAAAAAGAUGAUUACGUCCUACAUGUCAUGCAUCUAGUCAUGCAUGUUAAUUGUAAGAAUUGGUUCACAUGAUUACUUUAAAUCACUAACCUUAAAACUAUGUGAUUUAAUCUUGUAAAUGUCAAACGGUACUAGGUUUAAUUGUCAAGCUACCAGUACUAACAUUUAGAUAUUAUAUUUUACUUCUUUAACACCUGAAUGUCUAGUAACAAAACAGGAAUUUGAAAAUGUUCCCUUGUUGGUAGCCAGUAUUAAUCGUUGUACAUCUUUCUAUGCAAAUUUGAUGUUGACAUAUAAUAAGAGGUAGAAGAUUAAGAGGAGUGGUUGUGUGAAGGAAUUGAUCAUUCAUAAUGAAAUAUUCUGUACAAGUUUUAUUUGUCUAAGUCAUUGAUUCAUAAUAAAACAUUCUGUAAAAGA